AUGCCACGUAUGGCUUUGUUGCCUUCAUUCAAUAGUCCGCCGUACCAAGCUCCCGCUUCGUUCCGCCUCCGACCCGUAAAAUUCCUUGGUUCGGCGUCCACAACCGGUAAUCACUCCCCGGGUCAAAUCGAUUCGGGGAAGCUUCAGCAGCUCCUGCACCGUGAUGCCGUCAAUUAUGACACGUAUGUGAAGUGGUACGCGUCAUUUCUGGACCAGAAGAUUGGCAGCUUGCCACACCGUUUUAUACCUUUGACUCUUCCUAGGGGCAGCCUCUCCGUUGUCGAACAUGUGUUCAACUGUCUGAGUAGCAUUGUGCCCCUUAUCAAAGAUGAACCGUCUGUCUGUCUAGGCCAAAUGCUGGAGAAGUUGCGUGACGAGCACCUGGUUGAUGAUAUUGCAGAUGACCACGGCAUUCAGUUUGUAUUUAUCUGCUUUGGGCUUUUGACGUUUCUCUACAGCCCGAAGCUUGACCCUGCGCAAGGCAAGCUCGAGAUAGAGGAUGAAGAGCGCAUCCCACCCAGGCACACCCUCGUCAUACUUGAAGUUGAAGAGUACCGCAAUCUUCCCAUGACUAACAUCGUGCGGGACUUCUCGUGUUUCGGACGACGGGGUUUGGCUCCCAUGUCGUCCGUCCGAGAAGAUGACCGCCCGGGAACAUACUCUGGCUCAUUGCCAAUGGCUGGCCGGACUUCCUUGUUCAGCUUGAACGUCAACUACUAUACACUGUCGAAGCUGUCCAAGAUUGAGAUCGAAUGGACCGACAUCGCUUCGAAACAUCUUGAAUUGGAUGCGCGGUACAUGGUCCUUUACCUCUUUCGACACCCAUCAUUCUGUGUCCUGAUGUGCCCAUUCAACUCGAAUACCCCGCCGGGCUGUUACAUUGAUCUAUUCUUCAAUAACUGCCUACGGGGCAGAGAUGAUGAGCCAAACAUCACCGCAAGCGACUUUUACCGUGAGAUACUUGGCUCCUACCGCGUCCUCUUUAGCCAGGACAAGAACUCGUGGAAGGCGUAUCAGUCCUCGCGACGGAAGGAAUGGAGCCGAGGAUCUGGUCUUCAGAUCUGCCCGGACGAUCUGCUGGAUGGGCUUUGUGGGAAAAACUGGAGAGACCAACCGAUCUACGACCUCGUCGGCCUGGAACCUGCCAAGAGCACUUAUUAUCAUAUCGAGGAUGAGUUCCCCCUCCUGGGCAGGCGACUGCUGGAGCUGCAGGAGUUUGUAAUGUCUGAGAGUCCCGUGGGAUGGAAGGGUCUAUGGUGGGACCGGCGUGAUACGGGGCGGUACUGGACGUUUUGGGGCUUUGUUUGGAUCAGUUUCAUUACGCUGGUUCUUGGGUUGCUGCAGAUAGCGUUGGCAAUUCUUCAGGUCUGGUCGGGAUUUAAAUAA